AUGCCUUCGCCACCCAGCUCCCGGCCCAUCAAGCCGGCCAAAGAGCCUCCCUCCAAAACCCCCAGGAAGAAGCCAUCCAGUGCUCGCAUCUCGGCCGCCUGUGAAGCAUGCAAGAAACGCAAAACGAGAUGCACCGGCGGCCCACCACCAUGCCAACUGUGUGAGACUCUGGGCACCGAAUGUGUCAUCGACCUCUCGCUGGAUAUGAGACGCAGGGCCGCCUUCCAGCGCACCUUGGACGAGUCGCGCACUUAUCAGGAUGCCCUGAACAGCUUACUCGACGCCAUCCGCGAAGGGCCGUCGCCACGCCUCGAAGCGUGGUUCGAGCUCAUCCGCAACGGCGGCUCAAAUCAGGAAGUCACAAACGCUCUACAUCAAUACUCGAACAGGGCCGAGGAUGAAGAGGGGGACGACACCAUAUCGUCCCAGAUGGACGGAACUGAACCGUCGGCGGACGCCGCUAAGAGUCCCGCUGAUACCUCCAGUUUGGGAUCCGGUGCCUCGGACUCGAUCAAGGCUAAGGGCCCCGAUGCAUCCGCGACCAUCGCCAGCUUGCUGGCUUGGCUCAAGAAUGCGUCCCCCGAGGAAGGAGAAGCGAUCCUGCACCAGUUCUUAGCACGGCGCUCCGAGGAUAGGGCUGGUUUGCACCCCUGGGCACCGCAGGGAAAGAAUCUCUGGGAUGGAGUGGGCGCCGACUCGGGAAAAGUCGGUGUUGCCGAACGCGCCAUGUGGCAUCCGGUACUGCACUUACGGUCGCAAAGCAGUCGCGGGGAAGAGCGGCCACAUCUGCCGCCAGGCUCCCGCCGGUUCUCCGAAGGAGGCCCCGAUACCGAGUCGGCAGAAGCAAUCGCAUCGGAUUUGCCGUCACCGUUGGUUGGCUUGUCGAGACAGUCAUCCCGCCACCUUCAGCUUACCACGGACCACCCCAUGGCCGGAAUGGAGGUGGCUUCCUCACGUGCCCUCCCGUACAUCGAGCUUGUCACGAAUGUUCCAUCCGCCCUACCAAGGUCGAACGAGUGGGAUCUGUGUGUGGCGCAAGAGGAUCAGGUCACCAGACUCCGGAUCCCGAGACACCUUGUCCUGCCCUUGGUGAUCCCCGACAACUCGCCCAUGAGUCGCACCUACACAGACUACGUGCACGGAGCACGGCGAAUGCUGGAGAGUGGUGUUCCCGUUUCUGAUGUCCUGGGUGCCACAGAAAAGGUGGCCGUCGACCUAUUUUUCCGCCCUCGUCUGCCCACCGACAAGUUUGACUGCGCCUCGUGGGCCUGCGAAAUCACCCGAAGUUUUGACAACGAUGUCUAUGUCCGCCUGGCCUCGGCUUAUUUACUCACACACAUGAUGCGGUGGCUGCUGUUUCCGACCUUGGAAAAUUACCAGAAACUCCCGGACAUGAUUAAACCGACACCUGCUCAAUGCAUGAUCCCGCACAUUGGCGCGAUUGAAACAAUACCACUGCCUCCGGUCCGGGACGCUGCAAUCAACAAGUUGCGGGACUGGCUCACGCCUCUGAUCCAGGCGAAAUGGGGCGUAAAUUGGCCACAUGGUCUCGAGGCGGCUGUCGAGCAAGAUCCCCUGACCGGAGGUACAGUCCUGAGCCAGAAAUUCAUCGAUCAUGUGGUCAUUUACGAAAAUUGGAGUGUUGGAAGUCACUUCCUGAUCGCCUUUCCGGAGGUGGCGGGCAGAAUCCGAAUCCACGAACUGGGAUGA